ACUUUUUCAUUUAUUUAUUUUUUAAAAUCCGAGUGCAUUUAGCUUCUUCUUCUUCUUGCUUCUCUGGAGCUUAGGCUGCUCUCUUUCUUGUCUUACCCUUGCCCCGCUCUCCCUCGGAUUUGCUCGCCAUUGUUAAAUCCAUUCAGGUGCCUAAGUUUCUGAGAUGGGGGGCGAUAUAGACUCAGAUGCCGUUUUGGAAUAUGCUUCAUUUCAGAUUUCAUCCGGGCAGGAGAGGUUUGAAGCAUGUGGUUGUAUUGAUAACAAGGUGGAAAAGUUGGCAACUGGAGGUUUGGAUCAAUUACUUCCCUACAUUCCUGCUCUGAGAGACUUGUACACGGAAGGCUCCAACUGUAACUUUAAAAUACAGCUUCCGGACAAUCUUUCUGGGUCAAGAUGGUUCACAAAAUCUACUUUUAACAAUUUUCUGCAUAUUGUCGGUUCACGAAGUCUUGCGACCAUAACCAAACCGAUAAGAGAUGAGAUGUCUCAAUUGGAGGAAGCGAGGAAGUUUCAAGUUUCUUUGUUCCCCCAACCCGGAACAGACGCUGAAUCAGCAGAUGCUUCAAGGAAUGAACUGUUGCGAGCUAUGGAUUUGAGGCUCAUGGUGUUGAGGGGGGAGUUAGCGGCAGCUUUUGGCCAAGUUGCAGGCGACACCUAUUCUGUUGAAGAGAUGAACAACAUAGCAGAUUUCUCUCAACUUCUUGGAGCAGCAGAAUUGGAGAAUGCUCUGCAUAGGGUUCUAGAAACAAGCAAAAACAGCCAGUUUGUUGAUUCCGAGGAGAAAUCCUCAAUCAAAUGUGAUUCAAAGGAUGCGGAUUUUGCUAGGAAGGAGAGGAGUAAUUUGAUAUCAAAGGCAGUAAACACGGACAUGCCUGUACAGUACAAUGUUUCACCAGCGAAAGUUGCACAAGUUGAGCGACAGAGCUCGACAGGAAGUGAGGAUUCUUCAGAUUCUAAUGAUGAAGAUCAAACAUCUGCAGAAAGAAGUCGCAGUAUGUUACGAUCGGCAUCACGUAGAAGGUCAGCAUCGCCAAUGCGCAGGGUUCAAAUAGGGAGAGGUGGGUCCCGUAGGGCCGCUGCCCUAACAAUCAAGAGCCUCAAUUAUUUUCCAGCUAGAGAAAGGACCGUUGCUAAUGACAUUGAUGAAGAGGGAUCUGAGCAACCUAAUAAAAAACCAGAAAAUGAUCUACGAAUGAGUGUUCAGGAUCGAAUCAAUCUUUUCGAAAGUAAGCAAAGGGAUCACGCUGUCGAGAUUGAGAAAAAGAGGUCAUUAGUUAACUUAUCUAUAGGUGCAAAUAAAUCUGUCUUGAGGCGAUGGAGUGCUGGUAUGGGGGGCUCUUCCUCGUUCCAACAUGAGUCAGAGAUUAAUCCAGAUAUUACUCCAGUAUGUUCAGGCGAUACCGUGGAAGAGGUUCCGAAGGAUUCAGCAGAAGUGACUGCAGAAGUGAAUGUUAUGUCUGAAAGUCAACGUACUGUUCAGACUGAUGAAGAUGUAAGAUUGGAAGAAUGGGAAAGGGGGGGCUCUCCUCUGGUAGGUAAUGUCUCAGACAGUAGAGCAGUAGUCCAAGGAGAAGAAACUAAUGAUAGGCCAAUAUCCUCAGCUGAAUGGAAUCGGCAGAAAGAAGAGGAGUUGAGCCAGAUGAUGCUAAAAAUGAUGGAAACUAAGAAUACUUCUAAUAAAGCUGAACUCAGUGGAAGUCAAGAAGUUCCUGUUGAGCAGAGAGGUGGGUUUUAUGAUCGAUAUAGACAGAAGAGGGAUGAGAGGCUUCGAGGAGAGAAUGCUGGAAAACGAGCAGAAAAACAAGCACGAUUUAGAGCCAUGCAACGAACUCUAAAUGAGAGGAAAGCUGAAAUGGUCUCCACUAAUAUAAAUGAUACCGGCAAAAAGACUUCCUCGAAGAAGCCCCAGAAGCCACUCAAUACCGCAUCUCAACCUGCAAAAGUUAAGAGAGAAACCCCAAAUCCUUCCAUAAAGAAGGCUUCUCCAAAAACAUCCCUUGUACCUGCGACACGUAAAUCGUGGCCAUCAACUCCAACAACAAGAACCACGGGAACAUCACCAGCUAAGACUUCUGGUGCCUUAUCUUCUACAGGUUCUACACCAACUCGUCGCAAACCUCAGCCAGCGGGUCCUACGCCAUCGCUCUCUCGCCCAAAACCCAAGUCAGAAAAACCCCUUACGCAACAAAAGAAUGUCAGAGAAGCCCAAUCAAAUAAGCAGAGGAUCAUGAAGAGUGUGGAUGAUAAGAAGCCGCAACCAGUGACUAAAACGACCAGAACUGGGAAAAGUAAAGCCGUGACCGCUUCUUUAGAUGGCUCUGGUGUAGUUUCUUCUAAGCCUAGUUUCUAUAACAAGGUAACCAAGAAAAGCAGUGUGGUGCCCUUGGAAUCAAAACCCCUCCGUAAGAGCUCUGGAACUGGUCCUCUUGUUUCUCCUUCUGCAAAGAAAAAACCCACUGAGCUGGUGGAACCCGUGACUAGUUGUGGAAAUUCGAGCGAAGAACAAAAGAAUGAGCAAAUUGGUGUUGUUUCUGACCUGAUGAGUCAGCAUGAAGUGGUAGAUGGUGCAUCAGUGGCUGUAACUGAUGCUACUGCGGAGCCAGAAACACAGGAAAGUAGCACUCAGGAGUGUGAUGAAGCUGAUAACAUGGAUCAAGUGGUUCAUGAGGGUGAUUAUGGUUCAAAAAAUAUUACAGAACCUUUAGAUGUCUGUACUGGAGAAGAAUCGACCAUCUCUCCCAUGGCGUGGGUAGAAAUUGAAGAGCAUCAGGAUCCACCAAAUCUAUGUGAUGACCCUGUCUCUGAAGUACUAUCUCAUGCCAAUGUUAUACCAAUUGGAUCGUCAAGUCCACGGGUACGCCAUUCUUUAUCACAGAUGCUGCAAGAAGAAAGUAGUGAACCUGACAUUUGUGAGUGGGGUAAUGCCGAAAAUCCUCCUUCCAUGAUAUACCAGAAAGAUGCUCCUAAAGGAUUGAAGAGACUAUUGAAAUUUGCUCGAAAGAGCAAGGGUGAUGGAAACACGUCUGGUUGGUCUAGCCCAUCCGUGUUUUCUGAGGGAGAGGAUGAUGUGGAUGACCCUAAAGUUUCUAGCAAGAGGAGCACUGAAAAUCUAUUGAAGGCACUUCAUGCAAAGAAUCUUGUCGCUAAUGAUCAAAUCUCUGCUCAUUUGGGUGGUCAUAAGUUUCAUGACAGUCAUGUUACAGCUGGAGCUUCUACGACAAAAGCGUCGAGGUCAUUCUUCUCUCUUUCAGCAUUUAGGGGAAGCAAACCGAGCGAGACCAAGUUCCGGUAACCUCUGAGGAUAGCUAAACCUCAGGCUCCUUAAACAGUCGCAUCCUCUUUCAACCCCUAGGCACACAGGAUAGGUCUAGAGUUGUAUAAUCCACGUGAUCUCUCGGUAUUCACUUGCUUCCGACUCUUGUUUGCAAUAGGUUUGAGCCCCCCUCCUCUCAUGCAUAUGGGCGGGUGUGUUUUGUCGGUGAAGGAUUGUGUAAAUUCAACCAAAAAAGAAAAAAAGAAAGACUGGUUACAAUUAUCAACAACUAAGCCUCAGAAUGUCAUGUCAGACAUCCAUUCAUUCUAGAAACUCUGUUGAAUCAUCAUGAUAGUGUAUCUUAUUCAAAUUCUGAGUUUCUCUUCCAA